CCGCAUCGCCACGGCAAUUCCCGCCGGAGAUUGGUUAUAGCAAACUAAAGACUGGAGUAGUUCGUGAAGCGAUUUUCUUCAGUAUUUUUGGUAUUAACCAUCUCGGGGCGACCUACCUGUAACCCUUUUAUUUGUUCAACACAUAGGCCUACUGAAUUCACAAUGGCGAUCACAAGCAUGGAUCCCGGACCAGGUGCCGCUGCGUUGCAAGCUUGGGGCGGCCAAAUGGCGGCCUUCGGUAGCAACGAGACCGUUGUUGACAAAGUACUCCCUGACAUGUUGCACCUCAUCGAUCCUCACUGGUACCAAUUCCCGCCGAUGAAUCCCAUGUGGCAUGGACUACUUGGCUUUGUAAUGGGCGUCCUUGGUUUCAUAUCGAUCACUGGCAACGGAAUGGUUGUCUACAUCUUCACGACCACUAAGACUCUCAAAACUCCAUCAAACAUUCUCGUUGUAAAUCUUGCAUUCUCCGACUUCUGCAUGAUGGCCAUUAUGGCUCCGCCUAUGCUGAUUAACUGCUACAACGAAACUUGGGUGUUCGGACCCUUAGCCUGUCAACUGUACGCGUGCGCUGGAUCAUUGUUCGGAUGUGGUUCCAUCUGGACUAUGACCAUGAUCGCUUUCGACCGCUACAACGUCAUCGUAAAGGGCCUAGCUGCAAAACCAAUGACCAUCAAUGGCGCUUUGCUGCGAGUGCUUGGUAUCUGGGCCUUCUCCCUGGCAUGGACUGUUGCUCCAAUGUUCGGCUGGGGCCGAUACGUACCAGAAGGCAACAUGACUGCCUGUGGAACUGACUACUUCGACAAAUCUUUCGCCAACCGCUCUUACAUCGUAAUCUACUCGGUCUUCUGCUACUUUGCACCACUGUUUCUCAUUAUCUACUCCUACUUCUUCAUUAUUCAGGCUGUAGCAGCUCAUGAAAAAGCGAUGAGGGAGCAGGCGAAGAAAAUGAACGUUGCCUCUCUUAGGUCUUCCGACCAGGCUAACACCAGCGCUGAGUGCAAACUGGCUAAGGUAGCAUUAAUGACGAUCUCACUGUGGUUCAUGGCGUGGACACCUUAUCUGGUUAUCAACUUCUGCGGCAUCUUCGACGGUGCCCCUAUCAGCCCCCUCGCGACCAUCUGGGGCUCUGUCUUCGCCAAGGCUAAUGCCGUUUAUAACCCAAUUGUAUAUGGCAUCAGCCACCCUAAAUACCGCGCGGCGCUGUAUGCGAGGUUCCCAGCUCUGUCAUGCCAAGCUUCAUCUGACGACAACGUGUCCGCAGCAUCUGCGGCCACCGCCUGCACCGAAGAGAAACCAUCUGCUUGAACCCUGACACCGAGCCCGACGAUUCACAACCCCGGCUAUUCUUCAUCGGAAACGAUUCUGCCAAUGCGAUGUUCUUUAUUAUUUUUAUACAUAAAAUUUAAACGGUACAAAGUUAUAUACUUAAGGUCAGAGCGAAAACGAUCAAAAUAUUCAGCAGGUUAGCCAGAGGGUGUUCUGUUGUUGUCUGCGCAACUUCUGCAUAUUUUGAGUUAGCGUUCUGAGCUUCAAGUUGAACAUUGCACACUUUUUAAGCCUUUGUAAACAUCGGCCGGCGGCAUAAAUUAAUCAAGGGUACCCAUGUCGCUAGGCCGCCCCGAAACCAUGAGACUGCUCCCAUUAGAUAGAUGACGCAACGGAUACCUUACAACGGCAAAAAUGCUUUGAAUAUUGGACUAAUAAACAUAACGAAUGGCAAAGUGGUUCAUGACCACAUA